AUGGUUUCAGUUUCGGCUUCGAGAGUACAAUUGGUUUUAUUGGUGAGUUUCGUGCCAAUAUUGUCAAGAAGAAAGAGUAGAAGUACAAGAGAAAAUGUAGAGAAUGAUGCAUGCCCUGUCAAUUCUGCCUGGAAGAACUUUACACUGAACGACCUGCAGACUGCAACCAACAAUUUUAGCCUAGAAAAUCUGAUCGGAAAGGGUGGUUAUGCUGAAGUUUAUAAGGGCUGUUUACCAGACGGACAGCUUGUGGCCAUUAAGCAGCUCAAUAAAGGAACAUCAGAUGAACAGACGAUAAACUUUUUGUCUGAGAUUGGCAUAAUUGCACAUGUAAAUCAUCCUAAUACAGCUAAGUUGAUUGGCUAUGGAGUUGAAGGAGGAACAUAUCUUGUUCUUAAGUUAUCGUCAUUGGGGAGUUUAGGAUCACUUCUUCGUGGUUCUAAGGAAAAGCUAGAUUGGAGGGCAAGGUAUAAGAUUAUUCUUGGGACAGCUGAUGGCCUGAUAUAUCUUCACGAGCAUUGCCAAAGGCGAAUCAUUCACAGGGAUAUCAAAGCUGAUAAUAUCUUACUUACAGAAGAUUUUGAGCCUCAGAUUUGUGAUUUUGGCCUUGCAAAAUGGCUCCCCAAACAGUGGUCCCAUCACCAUAUCUCAAAGUUUGAAGGCACAUUUGGCUAUUUUGCUCCGGAGUACUUCAUGCAUGGGAUUGUGGAUGAGAAAACAGACGUGUUCUCUUUUGGUGUUCUACUUUUGGAGCUAAUUACUGGACGCCAGGCGCUGGAUGAUUCGCGGAGAAGCCUUGUGCUUUGGGCAAAGCCGUUCCUUGAUAAAAAUGAAGUUAAGGAGCUAGUGGAUCCUACUCUUGGAGAUAAUUAUGAUCAACAAGAGAUGGCUUGUGUACUCUUCACAGCCACCAUUUGUGUUGAACAGAAUCCCAUUCGUCGACCUCACAUGAGCCAGGCAAGUAAUUACCUUGGAGAAAUACAUAUUUUAUUUUCCAUAAUUUGUGUCAAUUAUUAG